GAUUCUUCUGGUACAUAAAAAUUGCAGGGUUGCCACUAUUUCUUGGACUCCUCUGGUUUCUGUGAAGUACUGAAUCAUCCAUGGCGGCGUGGAGUGUCGCGGCUUGUCGAGCCACCAAUAUGGCUCGGCUCCCCUCACCAACAACGACUUCGCUCCUUCAUCGGCGCGGCUUGGCUACCGCCGCUGAUCAUCAUGGACCUCCAAAGGUGAACUGUUGGCAAGACCCGAUGAGUCCAUCUAAGUGGAAAGAAGAACAUUUUGUGAUUGUUUCUUUGUCUGGAUGGGGUUUACUCUUCUAUGGAGGUUACAAGUUAUUCACUGGAGGCAAGAACAAGAAGGAAGAGAAAGUUGGAGCAUCAGACAAGGCUUAAGGUUGUUAUAAAGUGAAGUUGACUUUACCUGCCUUUAGCUCUCCUGGCUGUGAUUUUUAUCUUUGUAAUGAGACUAGUUUUAGUGGAUUUUACAUUACUCCUAUAGAUGGUAUAGUCAUAAUUAAACCUUUCAGAAUUAUAUCACUGUUAUGGUAUUUUCAAGCACUUCAUCGUCUCUGGUAA